AUGGGAGCCAGAUUGAGCUUAACCAAUCACAAACCGACCCCAAACGACCCACUCGAGGCUUCCCUAUCGAACAAGUCCCGCAAGAGACAGAGGACAUUCCCCAUCCUCUGGGACAAGAAUCCCCGCCUCAUCCCCAACCUCCCGGAUGAGAUAUCCCUUCAGAUCCUUGCCCGUGUCCCGCGCAUAUGCCACCUCAGCGCCAAACUCGUCUCCCGCAGCUGGAAAUCUGCUCUGACAAGCACUGAUUACUACACACUGAGAAAAGAACUCGGCACGACUGAGGAGUGGCUCUACAUCCUGACAAAACACGAUGGCGAGAGGCUCGUUUGGCAUGCCCUCGACCCUGUCACUGCCACCUGGCAGCGCCUGCCUCUCAUGCCGAACAUGCCUUGCGAGGACGGGCCUAGAAUGGGCCUGUGGAAUGUUCUCGGAUCGAGCGUCAUAGCCGAUGCCAUCAGAGGGUGGCUCGGUAGAAAAGACCCGUUGCAAGAAAUCCCGUUCUGCGGCUGCUCGAUCGGGGCCGUCGCCGGGUGUCUGUACGUGAUCGGCGGGUUCUGCCGCUCCUCGGCUGUAAAAUCCGUGUGGCGUUACGAACCCGUCACAAAUUCAUGGGCCGAGGUUGCCCCCAUGUCAGUCGAACGGGCCUACUGCAAAACGGGCGUUCUGAACGGGAAACUCUAUGUUGUCGGGGGCGUCACGCGGGGCCGGGGAGGAUUGCUUCCCCUCCAGUCGGCUGAAGCCUACGACCCGUGCAAAGGCCUUUGGGCCGAGGUCCCGAGCAUGCCCUUUUCAAAAGCCCAGAUUCUCCCGACAGCCUUUUUAGCAGACUUACUCAAACCGAUUGCCACUGGCAUGACUUCGUACAGGGGGAAACUGUACGUCCCACAGAGCUUAUACUGCUGGCCGUUUUUUGUGGAUGUGGGCGGGGAGGUUUAUGACCCGGAAUCGGGCUCGUGGGCUGAGAUGCCCGCGGGUAUGGGUGAAGGCUGGCCCGCGAAGCAAGCGGGCACAAAAUUGAGUGCGGUUGUGGAGGGGGAGCUUUAUGCGCUGGACCCAUCGAGCUCGCUUGAUAGUGCCCAGAUCAAAGUGUACGAUAACGAGGAGGAUUCUUGGAAGGUGAUUGAAGGGGAAGUGCCUGUUCGUGACCUGGCAGACUCCGAGUCACCGUAUUUGCUGGCGGGCUUUUUGGGGAAGCUGCACGUCAUCACAAGGGAUGCUGACCGGAAUAUACUGGUCAUGCAGGCUGACAGGCGGAACGGGCCUGAUGUGGGCCCGUCUGGCGAUGCCUCAUUGUUGGGGAGUAUGUGGAGGGUUGUCGCGAGAAAGAGCGGCUGUGGGUCGGCCGAGCUAGUUAGCUGUCAGAUUCUUGAUGUCUAG